CACCAUUGCUCAGAAGUUUUUACCCUUAAAAAGAAGUUUAGUCUUUUAUUCCAGAGUGAAUGAGAGAGGAAACUCUUGUGUGUGAGCCCAUAGUCCUCAUUAGCACACUGCAGUUGUCUCACAGGUCUUGUGAUGGAACAGGCAGAGCCUGAAAACACAGAUUUCCAAGAUACAUGCCCCUCCCAUUGUUUGCUUCUCUAUAAGUUAUCAUGCUGGUAGUUUAAUAGAAAAUCUUUGCAGCUUUUUCAAAUGGCUGUUCGUUUGUUUGAGGGUAAAGAACAUGCAUCUUCAUAUUGGAAGUACAGGAUAUCUCCUUCUGAGGAGCUCAUCAGCAAGAUAAUGCAGUUUCUUAUGAGCAAUAAAGGGCAACCUUAUGAGCUGGCAGUGGAUGUUGGAUGUGGGUCAGGGCAGGGAACGUUGCUCUUGGCACCGCAUUUUGCUCAUGUGGUGGGGACAGACAUCAGUCCUGCUCAAUUGGAGAUGGCACUAAAGCAUGCUAGCUCCCCAAAUAUCACUUACAGGGAAUGUCCAGCGGAGGAGCUGCCUUUUGAAGAUGGCUCUGUGGAUCUUGUGGCGUCCAUGUCUGCUUUCCAUUGGUUUGACCAUUCACGUUUCCUUCAGGAGGCUCACAGAGUCCUGAAGCCUCAUGGCUGCCUCGUGCUUCUUAACUACACUUUGGACAUGGAGCUUAGUUAUGGAGACUGUUCAGAGGCUUUAAACAACAUCUGCAAAGAGUAUUAUGCUGCCCUGUUCCCGUACCGGAACCCUUACCUAGGUCGCAGUUCUCUUGACCUUUAUAAGCAAGCCUACAACUCUCUACAGUAUCCAGUCAAAGAAUGGCAGGAGACUUUUUGGGUGAAAAAAACUGUAUCUGUAUCUCACUACAUUGGCAUGGUAGAGUCAUUUUCCAGCUUUCAGGCUCUCUUAAAUAAAGAUCCAGAAGAGGCCAGACGACUUUCACAAGACAUCACACAAAGACUGUUGCGUGCAAUGGGCGUGACGUCAUCAGACACAGAAGUUGUCAUGGGAGUAAAACAUUUCUAUGUGCUGGCCUGCAAACCUGCAGAAGACUGAUAUUUUUUGUUUUCAUUGUGUCAGUGCUGUAACAGAAUGGCAGUCAUCUGAUUUUCUAACAUUUUAAAAAAUGUUGUAAUGAAUUGUUAGCGGUGCUAAAUAGUGGAAAGGUGAGGGUUACAGGUUGUUCAGGUACAACAUAUGUCCAAUAGUAUACCAUUAGGGCAUUGAAGUAUAUACUGUAUAGUCAAGUCUUGCUUCAUAGCAUACGGUAGUCAGACAGAAAAAGAUUGAAAAUAUAUUUGAAAGCACAUCCACUAGAGGGCAGUGAUGUCUUGUGCAUGCAGUCCAUAUGAAAACCAUUUCUGCUAAACAUUGUCCCACUGUGCUCACAAUCUAGCAAUUCCACGCUACAAUGAUUAAACACAGACUCGAUGCAUAGCUUCAUAACACACAGCGAGAAAAAGCAAACUGAGAGUGACAUUUCUGUAAACUUGAAAAUGUUUUAAGUAUUUUGAAUAAUCUUAAUGUUACAUUUGUUUGUAUGAGCUGCUCAGAUGGAGAGGUUUAACUUUAUAUCUCAUUUCAAACACAAUUACUCAGACACAAAAAAGUCAGAUGACUAAGACAUUUGUUUACUAUACAAACUUUGAAAUGUGAUGUAUUAUUUGAUUUCUCUCUCCAUAUACCCCACAUAAGGCAUAAGGUUCUAGUUACGUGUAAGAAAGUGUGUUAGUGGUUUGACAUUGUUUGUCUUUGUGCCAGUUACGAGGAAUGGCAGAGAGUAAAAGCAGGGAACGAAUGGCAGGAAGUGUGUAUUCAUAUAACUUUCCUAGAAAAGUAAUGCACAAACUUAUCCCUAUCGAAUGACAGCACAUGAUACAGUGAGUGUAAGAGAAUAGUGUCAGCACACAUAUGACAGAAAUGACAGGUGGCACUACACAACGUAUAGAUGAAUUGACACUUCUGUUACAAUUAUAAAGUCUAUGUUCUGCACCCAGCGUUUAGGAAUUCCCUUAUUACAAUAAGAAUAAACAUAACAAAUUUUAUGCAAAAUUUUCUAUGCAAAGUGCAGUUUACCAACUUCUGUCAUGAAAAGCUACAGUAAUCCAAAUUAAUGUUCAUUUAGAUAACAGUAAUGGACUGAGCAAUUCCAAUGGAUGUGACCUUUGCACUUGAAAUAUAAAUUCUCACAGAAUGCAUUUAUUACCAAUAUAUUAAACCAUCUGCUUUUAUUUUUCUAAACCCCUGAUGUCCAGACAUAAAAAAUUUGAAUGAGGGAAACGUGCAUGCUUUUUAGAUGUGACAAAAAGUUUUUGGGACAAUUCUGUAAAUGAAAAGGCAAACCAGAAGAAAACAAAUGGAGAAAGGACGACUCUUUAAAGAACAUUUCAUUUUGUAUUUGUAUGCACAUUUAUAAGGAAGAAACAAUGUUAUGAAUGUGACAUUUCUCUUUUAUGGACAUGAUAAUUCUGAAAUUUGCAUCUAUUGAAAAUACUAAUAAAAACAAUGCGUUAUUAACUUUAACAGAGACUUUGCAUGGGUAUUUAAACCACCAAAUAUUGACAUCUGAAAUAUCAUUAUAUACUUUACUUUUUGUAAUAAGGUUGACAUUUGCAUUGGAUUGCCCAACUUGUUUACAUACAAAAUUGUUUACACAAUUUUACAGCUCAAAAAAAAUUAUGUAUCAAAGAAUUCGUGCUUUAACAAAAAAAGCAAAACUGUCCAGAAUGCCUUGCCUCAUAACGUCCAUUAUUAGUACAUUGCUGUAAACAUGAUUUUAUAAAUUGGGGGAUGAAUCUGAAAGAUUUUCUGUGGUUAUUGGCAGUAUUCCACAGAUUCUGUUCAUUGAACAAAACGUAACCUGAAAGGUGACUCAAAAAACACUGUUGUGCUUCUGUGGAGGAAAGGUUUUCCUUUUGGCAGAUGUGAAGUCCUGAUAAUAAUACUUAAUGCACAGCAGAAACAUGAUUCUGCAAGUAAAGAAUACCACAAUUUUCAGUAUAGCUCAGCAGACGCCUCUGACAAUUCUGCAAAAUUAGACACUUUUUACUGCACAUAUUGUGUUGCUCUACUCAACCUCCUUUUGUCUGUGUUUUGACAUUGAAGUGUUACAGUACAGUUACAACAUUGUGUGACCCAUCAAACAGCACAUUUUAAUCCACUGUGAAAUAAUUUAAUCCUCCUGAGUUGAUGGGGUUGAGCUGUUAUGUUGAAUCAUCUGCACUUUUACAGAACGUUUGCUCAAUGUCUAAAAAAUAAAAUUUCUCAUGUUAA